AUGUCUAAUAAAAGGAAAAUUACUAGUUAUUUUGAUGCAACUUGCUGUACUUCUAAACGCUCGGUGUCUGCAGAUGAACAAAUAAGUAAGAUCACUAAUAUCGUUACAGAAAAUCAAGUUGUGGACUUAGUGACUGUUGAUUUAAACGUUCAUGACAUUGGAUCCUACAUUAAUAGUACCUUGACCGAUGCUGAUAGAUAUUUGAUUCUUAAAGAUGUGUGGAUACCACCAGCUACAUUUCCAUUUCCAUUACUUGAUUGUAAUGCCAAAAGAGGCUUAAAAUUCAAACACCAUUGGCUCAAUGCUUAUAAAUGGCUGGCCUAUUCUGAAAAAUACCAAGGUGCUUUUUGCAAAUACUGUGUUGUUUUCUCAACAAAUGGUGGUAUUGGUGGUCAAAAAUUAGGAACCCUUGUAUUGGAGGCUUUUACUAACUACAAAAAAGCUAUAGAAGUGUUUAAGAAACAUGCAAAUUUGGAAUACCAUAAAACUGCAUUACUGAAAUCUGAUAACUUUUUAAAUGUUUAUUUAAAUAAGAGUUCUUCGAUUAUAAACCGUAUUGAUAGUGAAAGGAGUGAAUCAAAUGAAAACUUAGGAAACUUUCGUGCUAUCUUGAAAUAUAAAGCUAAAGAUAUAGAUUACAUGAAAACCUAUUUAGAAACAGGCUCUAAAAACAAAUAUAUUAUCGAUGAGACAACAGAUGUUUCGGUAAAAGAGCAACUCACCUUAUGUGUCAGAUAUUUAAGUGGAUCUGGAGAAAAUGUGUCUAUGAAUGAGAGCUUUUUAAAAUUUAUUGAAGUACAAAGUCUAACAGGAGAAAAUCUGGCUACAGUUAUUCUUAAUGGUUUGAAUGCUUGUGGAAUUGACUGUAAUAAUAUGGUAGGACAAGGUUAUGAUGGAGCGAGCAAUAUGUCAGGACAUUUAAAAGGUGUUCAAACUAUUAUUAGGGAGACAUACCCUAAAGCAUUGUAUGUGCAUUGUGUGGCUCAUAGCUUAAAUUUAGCUGUAUCUAAAGCUAGUAAUAUUCUACCAAUUAGAAAUUGCUUGGGCGUUGUAGAAAAAAUAUACUGCUUUUUUAAUUCUCCUAAACGCCAAAAUGUGCUUUUAAAUACAAUUGAAGAAAGUGAUCUAGACCCAAAAGUAAAAAGCUUAAAGCGGUUAUGCGCAACAAGAUGGGUUCAGAGGUAUGAAGCUGUAAAUGAUUUUAUAGAGCUUUUUAAGUUUGUAGUGGUGUCCUUGGAAACCAUUUCUAGUUGGAAAGAUACUAGUGCUACAGAUGCUACUAUUUUAAUUAAAGCGCUUGAUUCUGAAUUUUUGGUGUCACUUCAAGUAGUAAAUGUAAAUUAAUAAUCUUUUAAAUGUUAUAUUUUAUUUAUAUAAAUCAUUUUAAAGAAAAUAAUUGUUUUUAGAUAUUAUUUUCUUAUAGUUUACCAUUGUGUAAAU